AUGAAGCGAGAACUAGCAGUCUCGACCGAGAAUCGGUCGGGGUCUCAAAAACAAUACCUAACUCAUAAACUACUGAUCGAGUUACUAUCUCAUCAGUUGGCCUCUCCUGUUCGAUGGAUUGAAACUCAAAAGGCCUUUCUACAUGAAACUCCCAUUAUUGAACGUUAUGUCGAGGUUGGACCCAGUCGGGUUCUGGCCAACAUGGCCAAGAAACAAGCAGCAAAGGAACCACAUGCCGACUCGCACACCAUAACAAGGCAGUAUCUGUCAUCUAGUGAGAACCAGAAGGAGAUAUUCUACCAGUAUGAAGCAGAUGAACCGGAGAAUGCCACUAACGUGGCGAUGUCAACCACGAAAACAGCACCACCUGUUGAGAGUCCCGCUCCCAAGACGGUGACACAGACCAGUCCACCGGCAGAGGCUGCACCUGUCACUAUUGUAGCAGCAGCCACAGUUGAUGACAUCCCAAUGACAGCCACUGAUAUAGUCAUUGCUGUGGUUGCGCAAAAACUGCGGAAACAAUUUGAUCAAAUUCCCGUAACGAAAUCUAUUCAGGAACUUUCUGGAGGAAAAUCCACUCUACAAAACGAAAUUGUGGGAGAUCUCGGCACCGAACUGGGUAGCCUACCAGAUGGUUCCGAGGAUAUGCCAUUGACGGCACUUGGUACAGCGUUAGCAGGUGCAUUCAAAGGACGACCUGGAAAACAGGUUUCCAGUCUGAUCUCCAAACUUCUCUCAUCCAAGAUGCCUGCUUCUUUCAACCAGCAAGCAAUCAGACAAUAUCUCAGCUCGCGCUGGGGUCUUGGCCCUCAAAGACAGGACACUGCCAUCUCAUACUCAAUCACACUCGAACCAGCCUCUCGCUUAACAAGCGUUGACGCUGCGAAGGAAUUUUUUGACCAGGUUGUCCAGCGCUACGCUGCAUUCGCAAAUUUCUCCUUAACCGCCUCAUCAGCUGGCCCAUCGGCUGCAAAGGCAUCGCUGGUAGAUGCCGAAGCUCUGGAGGCAGCACAGAAAGAGCAUCAAACCGCCCUCGCAGAAAUUUAUGAGGUUAUUGGCAAUCUCAUAAAACGAAGGGAAGGCGAGGAGACCACAGAAACGAGUGACGAUUCAGAUGAUUCACUUCGAGAGGCACUCAGCCAUUGGACUUCUGAGUUCGGUGAUGAUAUGUAUUCCGGAACGAAACCCAUAUUUGAUACCAACAAGAUCCGUAUGUACGAUGCAUGGUGGAAUUGGGGUCGAGUGGCAUUGAUUGCACUGAAGCAGGAGCUUCAGAUUGGCAAACCUGAUUCCAACGAUAGCAAAGAUAGAAUCCGUAUGAUUCUCAAUCGAUGGACAUCGACUUGUGACGAUAUCUUGAGCACAUUUUCAACGAACCAUGGCUUACUAAAUGAUCUGAGACAGCCCCCAGCUUCUCUCCAGACACGAUCGCCAGUAUUCGUAUACACCAAACCAGCGCAAGGCCCCCAUACGAAGAUCCACGAAAGCGGCAAAAUGCUUUAUGAGGAGGUACCCAGAAGAAGAUUAGGCCAAAGUCGCAGUUUUGUUGAUGUAGUCAACUAUGGCUUGAAGGGGAGAACCUCUGAACUACAAAAGCCGGUCAUUCAGCUAAAGCAGCAAAUUGGUACCGAAUGGAGAUACAACAAUCAUUGGACGGACAUCUACAUGAACAAUCUAAUUACCGGGCAAACAAGUGGCUUGUGUUUCUCGGGGAACACAAUCCUCGUGACCGGUGCCGGACCAGGUUCAAUAGCUUGUGAUAUUGUUCGGGGAUUGCUGGAAGGUGGCGCUGAAGUCUUCGUCACUACAAGCCGCGCACCCCCGGCUUCAACUACAAAAUUCUUCAAUGAUAUGUACAAGACUCAUGGGUCCAAGGGCAGUAAGCUUACUGUACUGCCCUUCAAUCAGGCUAGCAAACAGGAUUGUGAAGCGCUUGUCAAUUACAUCUACGAAACCAAGGAUGGAUAUCGAGACCUUGACGCUAUCAUUCCCUUUGCCGCUAUUGGCGAAACUGGACAAUUAGAUGGAAUUGACGCAAAAUCGGAGCUUAGCCACCGGUUAAUGUUGACGAAUCUUCUUCGCAUCUUAGGGCACGUUAAGCAGCAAAAGCAGAGCAGGGGUUAUAUCACCCGGCCGACUGCGGUUAUGCUCCCACUUUCGCCGAAUCAUGGAACAUUCGGUGGAGAUGGUCUGUAUUCAGAAUCCAAACUAGGAUUGGAAACUUUGUUCAACCGCUUUCAUUCUGAAAGCUGGUCGGAUUAUCUUACCAUAUGUGGCGUGGUGAUCGGCUGGACGCGUGGUACUGGACUAAUGAAUACCAACAACGUUCUUGCUGAAUCCAUUGAGGCCGAAAAUGCCCUCACAUUCAGCCCGGCAGAGAUGGCGUUCAGCAUUUUGGGCCUCAUUCAUCCGGAUAUCAUGGCUGCAAUGGAGAACGAGCCUGUUCUUGCUGAUCUGAGUGGAAAUCUCUCUGCCAUUCAAAAUUUCAAAGAGCUGAUUUCUGGCAUUCGUCAACGACUCUCGGACCGCAGUAGGCUUCAACAAGCAAUUGUUGAGGAGGAUGGUCGUCUCGACGAUCUUUGCAGAGAACGCAAGUUGCAGAACUCUUCUAGCAACAGUACCAUUUAUCCACAGACACGUCGUGCGAACCUUCAGGUUGGGUAUCCAGCACUCUCUGACUUUAGCACAAUUACCAGCGCCCUGCCGAACCUGCAAGGGAUGAUCGAUCUCCAAAGGACCGUUGUCGUCGUUGGUUUCUCCGAGUUGGGCCCAUGGGGAAGCUCUCGAACCAGAUGGGAAAUGGAGCAUGCUGGUGAAUUUAGCACAGGUGGGAUGCUUGAAAUAGCCUGGAUAAUGGGCCUCAUAGAGCACUUUGACGGCGAUGUCAAGGGUUCACAUUACGCUGGUUGGGUGGAUUCUAAGACAAAAGAGCCGGUCCCUGAUGCCGAGAUUGCGUCCAGAUAUGGCAAAUACGUCUUGGAACACACCGGUAUUAGGACUAUUGAGCCAGAGAUCAUGGAAGGAUACGAUCCCGAUAAGAAGGAGUUUCUUCACGAAGUCGUCAUGGAUAAGGAUCUCCCCACAUUUGAAGCAUCCAAGACGACCGCAGAAGCCUUUCAAUUGCAACACGGUGACAAGGUUUCCAUCACACCAAUUCAGGGGUCGGAGGACUAUCAGGUUAAAGUUAAGAAAGGUGCUAGGCUGCUGAUUCCCAAGGCUGUCUCUUUCGAUCGUAAGGUUGCUGGUCUGCUCCCAACCGGAUGGAAUGCAGCGACGUACGGCAUCCCGGAGGAUAUCAUCUCUCAAGUCGAUCCGGUUACAUUGUAUGUUCUCUGCUGUGUCAGCGAGGCCAUGUACAGUGCCGGAAUUCAAGACCCCUAUGAGAUCUAUUCUCACGUGCAUGUGUCUGAGCUUGCCAACUGCAUCGGUACAGGCGCUGGUGGUACUAUGGCGUUGCGCAAGAUGUAUCGCGAGAGAUAUCUGGAGCACGCAGCAAACAGCGACAUUUUCCAGGAGACAUUCUUGAACACAAUGGGUGCAUGGGUGAAUCUUCUACUUCUAUCAUCCACUGGUCCUAUAAAAACCAACUCCGGGGCGUGCGCCACCGCUAUCGAAUCUCUGGAUACCGGAUGCGAGUCCAUCUUGCUUGGCAAGUCGAAAAUGGCAUUAGUUGGUGGGACUGACGAUUUCCGUGAAGAAGCUUCCUACGAAUUCGCAAAUAUGAAAGCAACCGUGAAUACGGACGAGGAGGUGCUUCAGGGACGAAGUCCUAGUGAAAUGUGUCGUCCAAGUACAACAACUAGGAAUGGUUUCAUGGAGGCUGCCGGUUGCGGUGUGCAGAUAAUUACAACAGCUGAGAUGGCGCUGAAGAUGGGACUUCCAAUCUACGCAAUUGUGGCUCAUACACAGAUGGCUAGUGACCGCAUCGGCCGAUCUAUCCCUGCACCCGGUCAGGGUGUCCUGACUGCUGCCCGCGAAGCUCCCGAAGCAGCAGAAUCUCCCUUGCUGAAUCUCGAAUACCGUCGUGGAAAAUUGAAUGAAGCCAUUCGGGAGAUUGAUUCCUGGCGAACUCGUCAAUUGCAGCUUAUUAAAACAAUGCCAACGAAUGAAAUAGACGACAUGCUACAAUCUGUGGACAGGCUCAGGGAUUGUAAGAUCUCAGAUGCUCGCAACUUGUGGGGUUCCAAUUUUCGACAACAAAAUCCCCAGAUUGCCCCUAUCCGUGCCGCACUCGCAGUCUGGGGAUUGACGGUGGAUGAUAUCGGCGUUGCAUCGCUUCAUGGAACAUCAACGAAAGCAAAUGACAAGAAUGAGGCCAACGUGAUCAACCAGCAGAUGAACAAACUAGGAAGAAAGGCCGGAAAUCCUCUCUUAACCGUUUCCCAGAAAUGGCUUACUGGUCAUCCCAAGGGUGCAGCUGGGGCCUGGAUGUUCAAUGGUGGAAUGCAAGUGUUGCAAACAGGCAUUGUACCUGGGAAUAGAAAUGCGGACAAUAUCGACCUUGUUUUGCAGCCAUUUGAGCACCUUAGUUACCCAUCCCAUACCAUCCAGACUGCAGGAAUCAAGGCCUUCAUGUUGACCUCAUUCGGAUUUGGUCAGAAAGGAGGUCUCGUGAUCGGCAUAUCCCCGAAACUUGUGUUUGCCGCCAUUACAGAAGAGGAAUAUCAGCAGUACAGACAUACUGUGCAAUCAAGACAGCAGAAGGCCGGCCUGGCGUUCAGUCGAGCGCUCAUGACGAAAUCUCUCUUCAAACCCAAGGCCGAAUCACCAUGGAAGGAUAACGAGAAUGCAGUUCUUCUAGACCCUCGUGCUCGCGCUUCUUGGCAUACUGGAACGAGUGAGUAUAUUGUGACUGUUUGA